AGAUUCCAUCUUUAAAGUGCGAUAAGACUGGAAUCUGUCACUUCCGGUUGUUUGGCGUGUCAUCUUCCUUCCUUCCAGCAGGCGUCGCUGCUCCGUCCAGCGCCUCCUCGCGUCCCCGGAAGUGCUUCUUUGCCGAGGCGGAACUGCGGCGGCGGCGUGCGGCGUCUGUCUCUCCGCACUAAAGCCGCUCCGAUGUGCGCCGUGCGGCGGCUGCGGGCGUCGGUGCGUCAACGUCUGAGCGCCGCGGCGGAGGAUUUCCUGCUGAGGCUGCAGAAAGAAGACGAAGGAGGCGCGGCGCGACUUCCGCUGCUCAGGUCGCUGCUCAGCGAGUUGCUGGCGGCGGCCGCCGACGACAUCGUGGCGCUGCUGGAGGAAGUCAUCGUGCGGGAGGACCGCGUCAAGCAGGCGGACAUGGCGGGUGACAUGCGGGCUGACAUGCAGGCUGACAUGCAGGCUGACAUGCGGGAGGACAUGGAGCCUUGCAACCAGGGGAAGACGCAGAGUCCAGCGCAGUCAGAGCGUGAGCAGGAAGUGCAGCAGGUGAUUGUGGGAAAAGAGGAAGAGGAGGAGUCUGCGCACAUCAAAGAGGAAGAGGAGGACGUUGCCAUGGUUUCCGUGAAGAGCGAGGAGGACGGAGAGGAUGACGUUCAUUCUCCCGCCGACCUCCAGAGCGAUGGCAGCGAUGAGGAGUGGAUUCGCUCCGGCGCCGCCGCCUCGGAGACCAGUCCCGAGGCGGCCAGUGGCGGAGGGGGCGGGGCAUCCACCACCUGCUCCGAGUGCGGGAAAAGCUUCCUGAACGCCCUUCGCCUGAAAAGACACAAGAAGACGCACUCGGGGGAGAAACCCUACGUGUGCUCGGUGUGCGGGAAAAGCUCCCGGCAGAAGGGCGACCUGGUCAAGCACAUGCGCACGCACACGGGGGAGAAACCCUACCGCUGCUCGGUGUGCGGCAGCGGCUUCAUCCACAGCCAGGCGCUGGUGCAGCACACCCGGACGCACACGCAGGAGAAACCCUUCAGCUGCUCGGUGUGCGGCGAGACCUUCGCCCGCAAGGACUACCUGAAGACGCACACGCGGCGGCACACGGGGGAGAAACCCUUCUCCUGUCCCUUCUGCGCCAAGAGCUUCCGCCAGCGCGUGAACAUGACGUCGCACAUGCGCAUCCACACGGGCCACAAGCCGUACGCCUGCGCCGUCUGCGGCAAGAGCUUCUCCGUCAAAGGCAACGUGCGGAUCCACAUGAGGACGCACACGGGGGAGAAACCCUUCAGCUGCGGCGUGUGCGACAAGGGCUUCACUCAGAAGGUCAACCUGCUGAGCCACAAGUGUGCCGGGACUGCGCCGGCGGACCAAUGAUUGAUAAUGAUAAUGAUAAUGAAAUGAAAUGAUAAUAUUUUUUUAAUUUUAUUUUAUUUUAUUUUUUUUAAUUUUUUUUCCCCAUAAAGAAAUACAAUCAUGUGUGCUUACGGACUGUAUCCCUGCAGACUGUAUUGAUCUAUAUUGACAUACACAAUAUGUAUAUAUUGUGUUUUUUAUGUUGAUUUGAUUAAUUUAAUUAUUAUUAUUAUUUUUUUUUUUUUUAAUUUCUUGCGCGGCCCGGUACCAAUCGGUGGUUGGGGACCACUGCUCUGGAUGAAGCAUGUGCAAUAAUAAAAACCACUAAAACCAAAGCAAAAGGGGUUUAAGCACUACUGGCAACACAAUCACCAAAUACUGGAUUAGGAUGGAUGGACUUCUUAGUUCAGCAGCAUGGUGGCCGUGUCCAUUCAAAAGUCCAUAGAGAUAAUUGCUAAUUUACCGUUGCCGUGACCGCGGUCUUGGUGACAGAUUUAUGAGCAUAUUUCCAAAACAACCAAAUAAUUUAAGUUGAUAUUGUAGCCGAACAUUUCCCCUAGAGACCGGAUGUCCGAAGAACUUUGCUGUUUUUGUAGUUCCUGCCCAUUUAUUGUGUUGUGUUUAUUUUUUACAAUGAAUGCACAAGCCGCAUAGCAGUUUUGAAUUGGCUUUAAAUAAGUGACCACGUUGACAAAGUAAACGCCCCUUUUUGCGGCGUCGUCAGCACUGCUGGCAACACAAUCCCCAAAUACUGUAUUAUGAUGGAUUGACUUCAUGACUCAAAUAAAAUGUUCCCGCUGAUCGCACAUUUUGAAUAGUUUUACGUUUAGUUCAGCAGCAUUCAAAAGUCCAUAGAGAUAAUUGCUAAUUUACCGUUGCCUUGACCGCGGUCUUGGUGACAGAUUUAUGAGCAUAUUUCCAAAACAACCAAAUUAUUUAAGUUGAUAUUGUAGCCGAACAUUUCCCCUAGAGCCCGGAUGUCCGAAGAACUUUCUUGUUUUUGUAGUUCCUGCCCAUUUAUUGUGUUUUGUUGACUUUUACAAUGAAUGCACAAGCCGCAUAGCAGGUGUCCAUUCAAAAGUCCAUAGAGAUAAUUGCUAAUUUACCGUUGCUGUGGUUGCUGUGUUGGUGACAGAUUUAUGAGCAUAUUUCCAAAACAACCAAAUAAUUUAAGUUGAUAUUGUAGCCGAACAUUUCCCCUAGAGCACGGAUGUCUAAAGAACUUUGUUGUUUUUGUAGUUCCUGCCCAUUUAUUGUGUUUUGUUGACUUUUACAAUGAGUGCACAAGCCGCAUAGCAGGUGUCCAUUCAAAAGUCCAUAGAGAUAAUUGCUAAUUUACCGUUGCCGUGGUUGCUGUCUUGGUGACAGAUUUAUGAGCAUAUUUCCAAAACAACAAAAUUAUUCAAGUAGAUAUUGUAGCCGAACAUUUCCCCUGGAGACCGGAUGUCCGAAGAACUUUGCUGUUUUUGUAGUUCCUGCCCAUUUAUUGUGUUUUGUUGACUUUUACAAUGAAUGCACAAGCAGCAUAGCAGUUUUGAAUUGGCUUUAAAUAAGUGACCACGUUGACAAAGUAAACGCCCCUUUUUGCGGCGUCGUCAGCACUGCUGGCAACACAAUCACCAAAUACUGUUUUAUGAUGGAUUGACUUCAUGACUCAAAUAAAAUGUUCCCGCUGAUCGCACAUUUUGAAUAGUUUUACGUUUAGUUCAGCAGCAUUCAAAAGUCCAUAGAGAUAAUUGCUAAUUUACUGUUGCUGUGACCGCGGUCUUGGUGACAGAUUUAUGAGCAUAUUUCCAAAACAACAAAAUAAUUUAAGUUGAUAUUGCAGCCGAACAUUUCCCCUAGAGCCCGGAUGUCCGAAGAACUUUCUUGUUUUUGUAGUUCCUGCCCAUUUAUUGUGUUUUGUUUACUUUUACAAUGAAUGCACAAGCUGCAUUGCAGUUUUGAAUUGGCUUUAAAUAAGUGACCACGUUGACAAAGUAAACGCCCCUUUUUGCGACGUCGUCAGCACUGCUGUCUUAAAGGCCUACUGAAAGCCACUACUAGCGACCACGCAGUCUGAUA